AUGUCGCAGCUCUCCCUCGGCGUCGCGGGGGUGAAUCUGGUGCCGCAGGCGACGGGCUACGGCCUGCUCGUCGGGCUCGGCGUCGCGUUCUGCGGCGUGAUCCUGGUCGCGCUCAAGGUGCAGAAGGCGUACCUGGCCGAGGACGCGGGCACGUCCGAGAUGUUCAUGGUGGCGAACCGGUCCGUCGGCGUCGGGCUCACCGCCUCCGCCGUCUUCUCCUCCUGGAUGUGGAUCAACGAGACCGUCUUCGCCUCCGUCAUGUGCUACCGCUUCGGGCUCGCCGUGCCCUUCUGGUGGGCGUCGGGCCUCUGCUUCCAGAUCUCGCUGAUGGCGGCGCUCGGCGUGCUGGCCAAGAUCCGGGUCCCGCAUGCCCACACGUCGCUCGAGAUCGUCAGGAUGCGCUACGGCCGCGCCGGCCACGCCGUCUUCAUCGCGCUGAACCUGUCCAACAACGUGUUCGGCUGCGCCUCCAUGAUCCUGACCGGCUCCCAGCUCGUCUAUGGCAUCUCCGGCAUGCACUUCGCCGCCGCGACCGUGCUGAUCCCCCUCGGCGCUAACGAGGCGCCGCCGGCUUCGAGCGCAGUUGUCCUCUACACGGCCGUCGGGGGGCUCAAGGCCACCUUCCUCACUGACUACCUGCACACGGCCGUCGCCUUGGUGCUCAUCAUAUACUUCACCUUCAGCGUUCUGACCCACGACGCCAUCGGCGGGCUCUACGGCCUCUACGACAAGAUCGCGGCCGCCGCGGCUGACAACUACGUCCCCGGGAACUACCAGGGCUCCCUCCUCACCAUGAAGUCCCAGGAGGCUAUCAUCUGGGGCCUGAUCCUCAAGUUCGGCAAUCUCGCCCUCGUCGUCAUGGACACCGCAUUCUGGCAGAAAUCGUUCGCCAGCGAGGUCAGCGCCACGGUGCCGGGGUACAACCUUGCCGCCUUCGCCAUCUUCGGGAUCCCGUGGGGGCUCGGCACCGUCGUCGGGCUGGCCGCGCGCGCGAUCCGCGACACGCCCGUGUUCCCGUCGUACCCGGGCCCGUUCGCCAGCGCCGAGGUCAACGCCGGGCUCGUCAUGCCGUACACGGUCAAGGCCCUCGUCGGCGACCGCGGCAUCGUCGCCUUCUUCGUCCUGCUCUUCAUGGCCCUCACCAGCACCGUCUCCUCGUCCAUGAUCGCCGUCAGCAGCAUCCUCGCCUUCGACGUGUACAGGACCUACGUCGACCCCCGCGCCUCCGACCGCCGGCUCAUGCGCGUCAGCCACCUCGCCGUCGUCGCCCACGCCGUCUUCAUCACCGGCGUCUCCCUCGCCCUCAACUACGGCGGCGCCGACAUGACCUGGAUCGGCUACUUCCGCCCCAUCCUCUCCUGCCCCGGCAUCAUCCCUCUCGCCUUGACCCUGUGCUGGUCCGGGCAGACGCGCCUCGCCGCCGUCCUCUCCCCCGUCCUCGGCUUCCUCACCGGCCUCGCCGUCUGGCUCGGCACCGCCCGGGCUCUCUACGGCACCGUUGACCUCGUCACCACCGAGGCCGGCCUGCCCGCCCUCUACGGCGCCUGCGGCUCGCUCUUCUCGCCCGCCCUCUACUCCGUCCUCAUCUCCCGCUGCUAUCGCCCCUACACCUUCGACUGGCGCGAGUUCCUGCGCAUCGAGCUCGCCGACGAGCACCGUCCCAGCCCUGCCGCCGAGACCCCGCCGCCGUCCGAGUUUGCGCCCGUCGCCGCCGCCACCGACGAGAAAAACAGCGCCUCGAACAGCGAAGUAAUACGCCCCGCAACCCCCGAGCCCGCGCACCUAUCGUCUCGCCCCUCCUUCUCCCCGUCAUCUAUCCGUGCCGAAGGCACUGCCAUCGAGAAAAUGCCUCCUCCACCCCCACCGCGACCCCGCCGCGCCAACUCCUCCUCCUCCGACCAGCAGCCCGUCCCGCUCGACCAACUGCGCCACCCCCUCGGCGCCGCGACGCUCGCCCGUCUCCGACGCUGGCACCGCGUCGCGUGGUGGAUCUUCGGCGGGGUCGUGCUGGUGACCUUCGUGGCGUGGCCGCUGCCGCUGUACCGCGACUACGUCUUCGGGCGGUCCUUCUUCGCGUCCUGGACCGCCGUCGCCGUCGCCUGGCAGUUCCUCGCCUUCGCUGCCGUCGUCGUCUACCCCCUCUACGACGGCCGCCGCGACAUCGCCGUCGCCGCCCGCGGCGUCUUCCGGGCGGCGCGCGCGCGCGUGCUGCCGCCGUCGACGCCGCCGCCGCCGACCGCGCCGAUCUGAGCCUGCGAACAGACGACGACCAGUGCGGCGUGCAAAGGACUACCUGCCUACCCGCCUCGGCGUGGUGCGAGAUCGGCGAUCCCCGUGACUUCGGCCGGGUGGAAUGGAGAGUAGUAGUACCGGGGAUAACUAUAGAUCCAUAGAUCUCUCGACAGCUGCAGUUGCUCCCUACCUGGACUGCGUCCUCCCAAGUGGCCGGUGGUCCUAAACACCGAAGGCUAAGGUAAUGGAGCACCAUCGAAUUUUAAUUAGAGGUACCUUAAUUAGAGGUACCAUCUUAUGACAACCGUUGAUACUGGAAGCGUGAUAUGGUGUUGUCUUGCGAAAUCGCCGUAUAUCAAUCACGUAUUAGUUCUAGGCCUAGUCAGCACAUAUUAAGUAUCCACACGCUUGGGUAUGUGUGUAUGUUGAUGUGAGUUCCUUGCGGAACGGUAUUCCC